AUGUUUACAAAUAGAUUAGUUAUUCAAUCAACAAAAAGAUUGAAUCAAUCAUUAAGAUUGUCAAGUUCAACACCAGUAGGAAGAACUUCAGUAGUCAGAUUAUAUUCAUCUGGUCAACAACAACAACAACACAAUCAAUAUAAUCAAAAUCAACAAAAACAAAUAAAAUGGAAAUGGAAAUGGAUUGAUAUAGGUUGUGCUUUGGUUGUAACAACCACAGCGGUUGUACUUGCUGUCGAUGAACCAACCAACCAAAAUUGGCGUGAGAAGAUCUUCACCAACUAUCAAGAUCGUAUUCGUGAGUUCAGUACACCAGAAAAGAUAUUCCAAACAUUUGCAUCAAUAAAUAAGAAUGGUGAAUAUUUUAUGACUUUAGAUGAUUUUGUACGUGCUGUUUUAUCACACCAAUUCAAGACUUCAUCACCAGGUUCAACCAAGAACAAAUCUCUGGACAUUAAAGAGGUGCCAAUAUCAUUCAAGAUUGCCGAUGUCGAUGGUGACGGUUUGAUUUCUUUUGGUGAGUUUAUGUUCUUCUCGACUCUGUUGUCAAUUCCAGAGAAGAGUGUUGAUAUUGCCUUCAAGAUAUUCGGCGUCGAUCACGACAACUCGAUCGACGUCAACGAGUUUACAAAGAUCUUUAGAAUUCUCAAGAAUCAUUCUGCCUUUACAAAGUCAUCGACUGACACCAGCCAAAAGUCGCUGCUUUCGCAGGACUGGGUCGACUCCCUCUUUGGUAAGCAUGGCGACAACUCACUGACACUUGAAAAGUUCAAGUCGCUGUUGGAGCAGCUCGAUGAGGUCAGUCUCUCCAUCGAUCUCUACAAGGGAAUCAACCAGCCAUUCACCAAGAGCGAGUUCAAGUAUAUCGCCAAGGUCAUCUGCCAGUUUGAGCCAUCGAACGAAGUGGUCGACACCGUCUACGCCAUCUUUGAUGUCGAUAAGAACGGUGAUCUCUCUAAAGACGAAUUUGUAUCGGUCAUGCUUGGUGCAACAGUCGCACUAAUGGUAGUACUGGUAACUGAGGUAGAUCCAGUCUUUUUCGUUGGGCAGCUUUUGUUGGCGCCGAGCUACGUUUCCUGUAUGAAAUUUGAGUUGAGUUUCACCACAAACCACUAA